UAAAGUGAUCAUCAUCUCAUUCCCAGAUUUUCCACUGUCCUCCCAAAUAUAUUGACCUUCCACGUGUCUCAUGGACAUACACGGAACCUGUCCCGUGUUUCUCCUCCAGAGCUGACAAAUUUUCCAUGACCAGCAGUACCAUACAAAACCACCUCCCUGGUUUUGCAUCCCUGAUAAAGAGCCUACCUUGUGAAGGUAGAUUGAUGUGGGUUCAUAUUUCCAUGAGUUUCAUGAUAAGAAGAAAGGAAGAAAAGUUCUUUUCAAUUGAAAGAAAAUUAAUGAGAGUCUGAAUAGAGGUUUCCAACAAACAAGGAUUCUGUAGGAGCUCUGCGUUAUCAGGUAAAUGUUUCAAGCGGUCAUUGAGUUUUCUUUUGUUGCUUUGUUUAUGGUUCUCUUAAGGAGAAUAAUAUCAGAUUGUGUACUUGCCAGAAAGAAUGUAGGCCAUAGCAGAAAAACUGUCUUGCUUUUGCAUAGAAAAGAAUUUGCAGCUGAUGUGCAUGUCAUUAUUGUAUCAAUCACUUUGAAGUGAAAAGUUCCUUCUUCUUUCUGUUUAAUUUAAAAAAAUGUCAUUGAAUUCACAUCUGAUCCUACCAAUGAUUCACUGGCAAGCUAUGAGAAGAGUGUUGAAAACGGUACCUCAGUCAAGCGGUACCUGAAUACAUGCUUCGCAUUUUCUCUGUGACGUUUUGGUUUUCAUGAUUGGAUGGAAUUUUCUUCUAUCUGGGAUUGGACCACAGAACCAUGGCAUCGACCGGAAUUCUUCGAAUAAUGGCGUUGAUCGGAUGUAUCGGAUUUAUGAUGAACGUUUUGGAUGCUGGGCCUCGCCAGAUUCUUGUCGAUACUGAUCUCGACAUCGACGACAUUUUCGCUCUCCUGUAUUUGUUGAAACAGAACAGGAGUGAAUUUGACUUACAGGCUAUUACUAUUAAUGCAAAUGGAUGGAGUGAUGCUGGGCAUGCAAUCAAUCAUUUAUAUGACAUCCUUUUCAUGAUGAAUCGCGAUGAUAUUCCAGUGGGGGUAGGCGGUGAAGGCGGUAUUUCGCCAAAUGGGAUUAUAAUGCCAGAAGUUGGCGGUUAUCUUCCUAUUAUUGACCAGGGAAUGUCAACAGAGGGAGGGUGCCGGUAUAGACAAGCGAUCCCGCUGGGUCUUAGGGGACGGUUGGAUAUCAACACAAACUACGGCUUAAGAAAGGGGUUCCUUCCGAAGGGCCGCAGGAAAUAUAUCCCUCUCAAGCAAGCUAGUGCGCAGCAAGUGAUGAAAGAUGCGAUAUCUUCAGGUCCUAUCACGGUAUUUCUGAUGGGAACACAUACCAAUUUUGCGCUUUUUCUCAUGACCAAUCCUCAUCUGAAGAGAAAUGUCGAGCACAUAUAUGCCAUGGGUGGUGCUAUUAGGUCCACUUGCUCGAAUGUCAGUGACCAUUCUCAACCAGCUGCCUCUGCUAACAUUGGCAACUUGUUUCCUCAAGAUAGCAACCCAUAUGCGGAGUUCAACAUUUUUGGAGAUCCUUUUGCUGCAUAUGAGGUACUUCAUUCAGGAAUCCCAGUCACGCUCGUUCCUCUGGAUGCAACGAGAACCAUUCCCAUUGAUAAGAACUUCUUCCAGGCAUUCGAAAGGAGGCAAGAUACGUAUGAGGCACAAUAUUGUUUCCAAUCAUUGAAAAUGGUUCGCGAUACUUGGUUCAGUGAUGAUUUUCACGAGAACUAUUGUAUGUGGGACUCGUUUAUGGUUGGAGUGGCAAUAUCUAAAAUGCGAAAUCAGCAAAACUUGGAAGUGGAAAAUGCAUUUGCUGAGAUGGAGUACAUGAACAUCACGGUUGUUACUUCAAACAAACCUUAUGGAGUUUCGGAUGGCUCCAAUCCCUUCUUUGAUGGGCUUCCCGUCCCAAAGUUCAGACUAAGGGACAAUGGAGUGCAUAGUGGUCAUGUUCAGAUGGGAAUGCGAGAUCCAUUUUGCGAAGCAGAGAGUAAAGGGACAUGUCAGGAUGGUUACACAGAGGAGGUAACUGGUCCAGAAGCAGUGCGUGUUCUUGUUGCGACAAAAGCUAAGCCAAGUCAAGACGCCAAAAGCUCGCUGAACAAAGAGUUCUACGAAAGCUUCUUGAAUGUUUUAAACAAUCCCGAACAAAGUGGAAGGUUCAACAUCACGACACAGUUUCCUCACUACGAGGAAAUUGUGCUUAAGCCAGACAGCGAUAUGAGGUCCACUGGAAAACCAGUUGUCUUCGACAUGGAUAUGAGUGCUGGAGAUUUUCUGUCUCUUUUGUAUCUUUUGAAAGUACCGAGGGAAAUUAUCGACCUUAAGGGCAUAAUAGGAAGUUCAACUGGCUGGGCUACCGCUGCAACAGUUGACAUUGUUUAUGAUGUGUUACACAUGAUGGGUCGGGAUGAUAUUCCGGUUGGUCUUGGAGAUGCAUUUGCAUAUGAACAGACAGAUCCAACUUUUCCUGCUAUAGGGGACUGCAAGUACAGAAAGGCCAUUCCUCAAGGCAGCGGUGGCUUCUUAGAUGCCGACACGCUGUACGGAUUGUCUCGUGAUUUGCCUAGUAGUCCUAGAAGAUACACGGCAGAAAAUUCGAUGAGGUUUGGAGCUCCUCGAAAUACUGAUCACCCUGAAUUUAGACAGCCUCUUGCAGUUGAUGUCUGGAAAUCAGUUGUCAAAUCACUAGAGCCAGCAGCCAAAAUUACCAUAUUGAGCAAUGGACCCUUAACAAACUUGGCCUCAAUCAUUCAUUUGAAAAACUCAAGCUCGGUGAUCCAGGAUAUACAUGUUGUUGGGGGACAUGUUGGCGAUGGCAAUGAAAGAGGAAAUCUCUUUACUGUACCUAGCAACAAAUUCGCAGAAUUCAACAUGUUUCUUGAUCCUCUAGCUGCGAAGGCUGUUUUCACCUCGGGACUUAACAUAACCCUCAUUCCACUCAGUAUGCAAAGGAGGGUCAGUUCCUUCCCGAUAAUAUUAAACAAAUUACAAUUUGCGAACAGGACUCCUGAAGCUUCAAUGGCCCAUCAUCUACUUACGACACUGUGGAACUUGCGGCAGAAACAUAACAGAUAUCAUCACAUGGAUUUAUUCUUGGGGGAAAUUCUGGGAGCAGUGAUAUUAGCCAGCAAUAUUUCUCACUUAAACAGGACUUUUGAGUUCAAGCCUCUCAAGAUCUUGGCAGAUGGAGAUGAAUCGAAAAUUGGAGAAAUUAUCAUCGACGAAAAACAAGGAAUACCAGUGAAGAUUUUGAGAAGCAUUAAUGAGGAUGCAUACUACGAGCAUUUUGCGGAAGUACUAGGUAAUGAAAGACAGUCCGCUGUAUUGGGGAGCUACGGUGAGCUACAAAGAGCAGAUACAGAACUCCAGGCAGGAGUGACAGUAGCAAUGAGAGAAAUCAGUAAUCUCUUGCCCUUAGAAUUCGGAUUGAUUCUGUUUUCGCUUUGUUUACACAUGAUGGUCUGCAUAAAAACUAGACAACAGUAGAGUACGUGGACGGCACGUGGGCCACUAUUCACUAAUAAGAAGAGCGAAAAAUUUAAAGAGUUGUUGGUUGUUGGCGAAAAGCCAUGUUGUGAGGAUAGUUUAGACUUUGGAGAUAUAGAAGCUUUAAUUAUAAAUUGUCAAUAUAGGAUGAAACAAAG